AUGCAGCCCAACGACCUCCUCCACAUUCGGUCUAGUGCAGCUGGUCUUCCUGGGCCAUAUCUGCAAGAAAACAUGGCGCCGUACGAAAUUCUCGACAAAAUAGGCGAAGCAAAACCACGGACCAUUCUUCUUAUACAGGGGCAUACUGAGCGAGGCGAUGGUUUCAAGGGCGCCAUGAGAUUCCCAUAUAGAAAGUUUGCCAUAGCCCUUCAGCGUCAAGGGUCUAACUUAGUGGUGAUGUGCAACAUGCACCAGCAACCAGGCAACGCCAUACCUCGCAUCAUAGCGGGGCCCGUUCCAGGCAACUACUGUUACCACCUGGUGCAACAGCCGCCCGCAACCAUGACAGAUUUGGCUUACAGAGUUUAUUGCGAUGUCUUUGCUUUGUUCAGCGACAUAGUGUUAAUCUCUGUAGCGGAUUUCGGUGGACUUGAACGGGUCCUGUCGUUUGUAUGCUCUUGGGUCCUGCGCCGACAGUUGCAAAAACCCAAGCUUCGGACUCACUUUGUUGUCGCAACUGACAAAUACUGCUUAAAGGACAUUCAAUUUGAACUUCUAGCUACUAUGAUGGCAGACCAGUGGACACAAUCAGUGGCGAGUGUAAAAAGAACAAUAAGUGAUUAUACAGAGCUCAGCGUUAUUAACGGAUCUUCUGCCAGCCCUGGCCUGGUAGUAAAGCUAUUUGGUCUCAGGAACCAUCGACAAGCUGAAGGGCUUCACUUCACUGGGUCCGAUACUAAAAUACUUCUUCGCGCCGCUAUUGCACAUUAUACUGCCAAACCCAUGGAGACAUUCAAUUUGGUCGCCGCAUCCCGCCCGUCAUGGCCAGUCCCUGAAGAACUGGGCCACCACAUCGGAGAAUUUUUGGCGGCUUGCCCUCCAGAGCCUGUGGACCAUUACCCUAUCAUUGCGUCCGCACUUGUAAUGAACGCAUUUCACCCAGGAUUACACUCGUUUCCUCCGAACCUGACGUUUGAGUCUUUAUAUGUCAAGAAUUUGGCCGCAUUUGAACAGCAGGCAGGCUGCAAGGGCUUAACGGACCGGGUCCGCAGCGCGUUUGUCGACAUCGCCAAAUACACGAUCGGACCCGCGGUUGAACCUAGGGUACAACAUCUCGCCAGACUGCAAGGCUGGAGACCCAUUUCGAGCGUGAAACUCCGAGCGACUUGCUCAAUCUCAACCAAAUCGUACUACGUUUGUGCUGAACCCGCCUACGGCUGGACUCCGCAAAUUGGAGCUGGCCUGCCCAGCACCACGGCUGUACAACACGGCGGAGAGGCUACAACUGCGUGGUCAAAAUUCUUUGCCGGACGCCUCCGAGUCCGGCUCUCACGAGAACUCUAG